AUGGCGGAGACUGGAAAGACGGCCAAGGAGAAGCAGGAGUACAAACGGAGUUUGCUUGAAAACUUGAGCGAAGAGGCUGAAGAUAUCGGUGACUUUGCUCUCAAACCUUAUCUCAUGUCCAUUCUCAUUCUUGUUCCGUUAGUUGCGAUCAAUGCAAAGAUAAACAAGACCUUGAGGGAUCUCCGAAAUCCUCCUGUGUAUGAUCUAUCAGGGAAGGAGGGAGGAGAGAAGAACCUCUCCAACGCUGGGGUCGGGCUCCUGCUGAGUGCUCCUGAGAAGUCAGGUUCGCACGGGACGCACGUCAUCGUAGACAUGCUCGUUCCAGGAGGCGCCGCGGAGAAGCAGUUUGCGGGAGUGAUCCGACCUGAUGACCUCAUCACGGCCGUCAGGGACGACAGCAAGGAGACAGAGUUUACUUGCACCACAGGCUUGUCCGUGCAGCAAGUCAAGGACCUCAUCGUGGGAGCUCCGGGCUCCACUAUCUCCCUCCGACUGCGCAGUCAAGAGUCGGGGGAAGUGUACGAAUGUCGAGGUCUCAUCAGGGGACUGGAAAAAUUCAGACGCGGCGCUGAGCAGGAUGAAAGGGAGAGGGAGCAAGAGAGAGCAGAGGAGAGGGUUGAAGAGACCGCUGUGGAGGAGCAGGCAGAAGGCGCGCCAAGGAGCAGAAUCAGGCUCCAAGCAAAAAUGCCAUCAGUAGCGCCACCUGUUCAGCAGGUUGAGUUUCUUCCUCAAGUGAAACCUCAAUCGCUAGCAGCCAGCAGAGGAGAAGAGAAGGAGAAGCCAAGCAAGAACUCCGGGGGCACUCCCGCUGGACGCUCUUGUGUGGACGUGUUGCUUAUGCUGCUGGUUCUUGUCGGACUGGUGGCUGCCGUGCUGGUGCAGCUGCAGGGCCAGGGCACACUGGCGGCCCAUGAGCGGAUGCUGAGGGAGGAGAUGGAGGCUCAGUUCCAUGAGAAGGAGAAGAAGUUCAACUGCACUCCACUGGUUCACGCGGAGCAGCGCAAUCUUGACUCGAACAUGCCCAGAUGUCAAACAAAGAUCGAUCAAACUCUCAAGGAAAAUCAAAAAGAGUUCGCCACGCGUGAGAAACAGCUACUGGCGAGCGCGGAAGCAACUUCGGCCAAGAAGUCAUCGACAAAGGCAAAGGAAAUCUUCAGGCGUGUAGUUCACGAGUUCGUUGAGUAUCACGACCGAUGGGACGAGAUGCCGCUCAAGUCCAAGAAGAACAGCCUAGAGGACGAAUUUAGGUCUGGAAUCAUGAAGCUACUCAAGAGGACGCGGGACAUGGUGCACUGA